AUGGCAGAAGAAGAAUGUAUAUGUCAGCACAUAAUCUUCGACGAUGAAGAACCCGGAAUCGACAAUAAUUCGUACACGACUACUGAAGAAUCCGGAUUCACCAUCACAUUCAAGUUCUUAAUAAAACCGGUGAUAGAAGAAUGGCUUGUUUCUGAGGAUUCAUUUCCUCCGAGAACAUAUUUAGGGCAGGACAGAGAUUGGGAGAUAUCGGUGGCCUACGCCAAGAUUAAAAAGGAUCAACUAUUCAACCGCAAAGAUGCCUCAAAAAUUGUCGGUGAUCAGCUGAACCAUUGGCACCUGUGCGAGUAUCACCGCCUGAUGGUGGUCAAUUUUGCAUUAGUAAAAGCUUAUAGAGCAAUUAGGUCAUUGAGUAAAGAUUCGAAAUGGAAUGCGGUCGAGAUUGAAUGCCCUAUGACGGUGACCUACACUCGUUUGAAUGAAGACGGCGACGGCAUGGUUCCCGCGGAGGAGUCGUCGAUAGAGAUGUCGUUGAGGCGUGUGGCGAAUUCUACAGAGACGUGCACUGUUUGCUUGGAAGAGAUGACCGGCGAAUGCGAGGCUGUGGCGAUGCCUUGUGAACAUGUUUUUCACGAAGAUUGCGUCAGAAAGUGGCUGAGGAGAAGCCAUUAUUGCCCGUCGUGUCGUUACGAGUUACCGACGGAUGAUGAUUAA